AUGACAAAUCUUGGAUCCGUUCCCAUAGAAAAAAAAUGGGGGUUGGGUGACCGCGGCGGGUUGGGGAUAAUACUUGCAGAGUUGCAGACAAACAAGAAAAGAAAGUUGGGGAGGGAUAAUACUAGCACGUUCGUUAUUAGAAACAGGGAAGCAUUGGCAAAGAUUUGGGAUGCACCUGCCCCACAUAAAGCAAAAGUUUGUGCAUGGAGGAUUUUGAGAAGUCGGCUUCCAACUUGUGACAACCUUUGGAAGAGGAAAGUGAAGCUGAAUGAGGAAGAGAUGAUGUGCAAUGCCUGCUUUCAUUCUCCCGAAUCAAUCGACCAUGUUUUUCUUGCCUGCCCGAAAACGGGGUUGGUGUGGGAUGAAGUGCAAAAAUGGUUGGGGAGCAGUUCAGUGCGGCCCCGCCAUAUCUCCUCUCAUUUCGAAAUGUUCACUAAACUGGGCAGGGGGAAGAAUUGCGACAAGUUUCUUGAGGCGAUGUGGAUGUGUAUUACUUGGGUUUUGUGGAAGCAAAGGAACGCAAGUCGCUUCGAUGGGAAGGCGUGGAAUAUCAAAGGUACGCUCAUGGAGAUUAAAGCUAGAUCAUGGAGUUGGUUUAAGGAGUUCAAGACUUUGGAAAAAGAUUUUGAUUUCUGUAAUUGGUGUUCCUUUGAUUUGUUACCAAAGCUGCUGUAA